CGUGUACACUAUGAUACAGUUGGAGACGCGGUGCCGCUGUGUUCAGACGCGCGCGUUUUAGAUUUUUUCAUUUAGUAUAAAACUGAAUUAUGAGCGAGUUAACAAAAACUGUUGCACUUUUCGUUCUUUCUAACUAUUUUACUAUUUUAUAUAGUAUUUUAGCUUUAUGGACACUUACCCUUAAUUAUGUUAAGAACAUUUUUUUAAGUUCAUCUUCACAGAAAAGGAAGUUGGAACCGCCUGCCUGCCUUUUUGAUCCAAAAUAUGGGUUACAUAAAUAUAUAAAAGUAAAUAAUGUAAAACUACAUUAUGUCGAAAGUGGAGACUCGUCGAAGCCUCUCAUGUUAUUUCUGCACGGCUUUCCCGAAUUUUGGUAUUCAUGGCGGCACCAAAUUGUUGAGUUCCAAAAAGACUACUGGUGCAUUGCUAUUGACAUGCGAGGUUAUGGAGACUCUGAGAGACCAGAGAAGGUUUCUGAUUAUAAAUUGGAUAUACUUGUGGAAGAUGUUAGAGAUUUGAUUCGUCAAUUAGGCCGUGAAAAAUGUAUCCUCGUCUCUCAUGAUUGGGGUGGUAUUAUUGCCUGUCGAUUCCGUGAUGUCUACCCUGAGGUUUUAGAUGCUGUAAUUUUAUUGGCUAGUAUAUCACGCGAAUCUUGGUUCAAAUGUGUAUUCAGUGAUUUUAAACAAAUGAUGAAGUCAUGGUAUGUCUUCUUCUUCCGAAUGCCGUAUAUACCAGAGCAACUAUUACAACUGAAUAAUUUGAAUGUAUUUGACAAAUCAAUGCUGGUUCCAGGCAAAGACUCUAUUACAAGUAAAGAUAUUGAAUGUUACAAAUACUGGUUUGCCAAAGAUUUUGCCUUCACUUAUCCUAUUAAUUACUACCGAGCAAAUUUUGCGUACAGUCUGCCAGAAAAACAUUUAGAGGAGAACGUUCCGAUGUUAGUAGCUCAUGCCGAAAACGACUUGUACAUAAGACACUCCAUUUUAGAUAUGAUGAAGAAGCAGUACGAUUAUAUUGAAACUACUAUAGUCAAGGACUGUCGCCAUUUCUUACAACAAGAAGAGCCGGAAAAAGUGAACAAGAUCAUUAGGGAAUUCCUUAUAAAAUAUAAACUGUAAAUUAUAAAUAUAUAAUAUCUAAUAUAUGUGAUUAUACUUAUACUUUGAACUAUAUAUGUGACUACUUUGUAUGUGAAUGUUCGAAUGGUAGUUACAUAUCAUAAUAGUACUUUGUUUUAUACUUGUUUGUUGUGACAUUAUACUUAUUUUUAUUAAAUUAGGGUAUAUUUUUAUAUUAAGUUGAAUUUAGAUUUUAAGUUUAGAAGAAACGUUGUGAAAAUACAGUAACGAAUUAGUCAGUACGAAAUCUGACAAAAAAUAUUAUUUAUUGCCUGUAUAUGUUUUAAGUACGACUAAAAGGUUCGAAUAAA